UCAUUACCAUCCAAUCAAUCAAACAAAAAUACAAAUCAAGGCGAAAAACAAAACAAUAUCGUGAGCUUGACUGACGUUGUCUUGACUCAUUUUAAAAACAAAAUACUAAAAAUAUGUAUCUUACAUUUAUUUUUUGAAAAUAUUUUUUUUGUGUAACCAGCCUCAGUACAGUGUUUUUGGAUUUAAAAUUAUUGUGUAUUGCACAGAGAGUGAUAUAAAUGGACGGGUCUACCUUGGAACACAGUGAUUCAGACUCGGGAGAAAGUUGGACAUUAUUAGAAGCUUCUCCAGCGAUAGCCGAUGAACUCCCUGAAACGCUUGAAAAUGCGCCUGAAACUUCACCUGCCGCUGGAGAUGCUACGGAUUCGAAUUGCGAGAGAGAUGACGACACGGAUGGUAUAUCGAUAAUAAGCGACAGCGAACCAGAAUCGCCGUUCCCUUGUGAAGCAAAUUCACACAGGUGUCUGCUCGAGGAGGACCGUCCAGAUCAACAAAAAUGCCAGUUCAUCCCUACAAGUCAGGUAUCACCUAAUAAUUUAGAUCAGCAUGAAUCAAUGCGAAGUGAAGAUGACUUCCUUGGAGAUAGCAGUGGCAAAAAUAGGACCUAUGUGCACAGAAGAAAUAAAAGGCUCAGUAUGGUACUCAAUAUAAUUGUUCUGGGCAGUGUUAUCACAGCUGCCGGAGUAGCGAUAGGUCACAUGUGGGGUGCUAAAAAUGAAUGCAAUUACCAGACUGCACCUUCAGUUAAUAAAAUUUUGUCAAAUCUUUACAAACUACAAGAAGAAAACGCUUACUUACGCAGUAAAUUGAAAGAAUUAACUCUGAUAAAUAACUUACAAGUGCAACAGAAAAGAGCUGGCUCUGAUAAAAUGUAUUCAAAACAGAACAAAUGUAAAAAAGUAUUUGAAGCAUCUUUGAACAAUAAAAAUGUUGAAAAGUAUACAAAAUGCGUUGACGUGAACGAAAAUAAUUCGAAAACAAAUUCCCACUUGGCACAGCCUGAAUUUGAAAAAGAAUUUUUAGCUGAUGUCAACAGGUUGAAACUUGUUUAUGAGCAAAACAAGAGUUGGCUGGAUGAGGAAAUUACAAAACGCUUAAAUCAUGAGAAGCAAUUGAUCAAUAAAAAUAAACAUAAUGUAAAAGAAAAAGUAGAGAAAAUAUUAAGGGAUAACUUAGAAACCCCUUUGGAAACAAUAACAGAACUACCUAAUAUUGAGACCAACAUAUCAGAACUGCCUUCAACCGGAAAUAUUAAUGUUCUGAGUGAGCCUGACUUGAUUGAUAUUCUCCCAGCAACAAAAGUCAGUUAUGCUGAUUCACUUCAGUCUAAUACUAAUAAAAACAAAAAAAAUGUAAAACAAAAUGUGAGUAAAUAUGAUGAGAAUGAAAUCAAAGAUCGUGCUCAAAAAAGAAAAAUUAAAAGAAGUAUUGAUACGAUUCCUGAUCAAUACCUCAGUGAGGAAGAAAUAAAAAAAGAUGAUAGAUACACUGGGCACAAAUACAAACAAGAAAAAAAGAAAAACGAUCGCCAAAAAUCACAUAAAAAGCAAAAAAGAAAAAAUAAAUAUGAGCAAUGGGAAAUGAAGGGAGGAUACAUGAAAGAUUAUGAUGAUUUUUCUAUCACUUCUCAAGACCCAGAAGUAGUGUAUAUUAGCAUUGAUAAAAAUAAACUGGACGACAAUGUGGAAGGUGAUAACAUCUCGAAAUUGUCAGGUAUUCAAGAAAAUUUGAAAUCUACUUCAACUGACGUACAUACAAGUACAGAAAAGGUUCCUGAGAAACGUGUAAGAAGCACCAACUGGUAUGACAAUAGGGCGGUCCUUAGGAUGGAAGCUAGGAAAAGACUUCAGACCGAGCUGUUUGGCGAUGUGAGCCCCAACACGGCGGGCUGGUACUUCCGUCGCAUGCGACGUCGCGAGCAAUGCCGUGCCAAGAACGAUAAUUCUACACACAGAAAGUUUCCUAAACGCAACAUGAACUUCAAAACAAAGCAUUAAGCAAUUACACUUAGAUAUCUUUGAAAAGAUUGGAUUGUGAGUAUUGGAUGUGAACAACUUGACAGUUGUAGUGGUAAGGGUAGAUAUCAAUGUUCUUGAAAAUUUAGAACAGAUAUUUGGUGUGAAAGUAGGGGAAAUCAAUAAAUGCACUCUGGGUCUAUUUUGUCAUCUUUUUCGCCUAUGUUUAUUAAUGAGCAUUUAUAUUACACCCUUAAUCUAUGAUCUACAUACAUUAUUCCUUCUUUUUUAGUUUUUACUUCAUACUAGCAAUGUGUGUAAUGUAUUACUUCUGUAUUGCAUUUGAAUAUUAGAGUAUUUUAAUAACGUUUAUCAUAUCUCAUAGAUUGGCAUUUUGAAUGACAUGCGUGUGAAGUUUGGAAAGUAUGUAAGUUAUGGACGUGAUUGCAUAGGGCAAUAUCGCGGCAAGGAGAGGCACCUAUGCAUACAGCUAAAUCGCUAUCGCAUGACAUAGAAAAUAGGUAUUUAAUAGAUUCCGUCUAAUAGUAUAUCUUAUAGGUUUGAUGUUUUACUUGAUAAAUAAUUUACGAAUAUUUCUUUACAUAUUAAAGAUGUUGUGACAUUGUGUAUGACAUUAUAUUUCUUCUGGUACUACACCUAGUGAUAGGUUAAAAGCCUAUUUUACCACAUACUUAAGAGUAUAAAUAUAUAUUUGCUAUAUAGUUUUACUAGUUGACAUAAUGCUGUAUAAUUUAUUUUUGAAACUAAAUAUUAUGAUAAUGUUGUUACAUACAUCACAUUCUAUAUUUUAGUAGUUUCUCAAAUUGAAAGUAACAAUAAACGUUAACAUGAAA